GCACGGCACGACACCCAAAACGUCACUUUCCAAUGCCAACCACAACACCUCACUUCACUGUUCUGUCCAUAUAUAUGAUAUAAUAACAAUAAAACUAAAACAAACACAUCACUGUUCACAAAAGCACCCACCACCAUUUUGCUUUUUAGGGCACUCUCGGUCGCAGUCCUCGCACCUGGACUUUCUGCCCCCAUCACACCAUACUAGGAUUCUGAUCCCAUUCUCACAUAAUCUUAUGAGAUUGACAUUUUCAAACUGCAAGUGGAUGAAGGUUGUUUUCAAGUUCAAGUGUGGAUAUGUCAACUGUGAGUAUGUCGACUGUGAGAGUCCCAAUGUCUUGCUUGCCCAAAAUUCCACCCACGAGCAGAUCCUGCGCCUUAAUUAAGAGUCCAUCUUCCUUUGGUUCUGUAAAGAGUGUCUCCAAAAGAUUUGGCUUGAAGUCUUCUCCAUUCAAAAUGUCUGCAAUGGCAGUAUACAAAGUGAAACUGAUCGGACCAGAUGGUGAAGAGAAUGAGUUUGAUGCCCCUGAUGAUGCUUACAUCCUUGACUCAGCUGAAAAUGCUGGACUGGAGUUGCCUUACUCGUGCAGGGCUGGGGCCUGCUCUACCUGUGCUGGGCAGUUGGUUUCAGGAACGGUGGAUCAAUCAGAUGGAUCAUUUCUGGAUGACAAGCAGAUGGAGAAGGGUUAUGUGCUGACUUGUGUCUCAUACCCGUCUUCAGACUCUGUGAUACACACACAUAAGGAAGGUGAUCUUUUCUGAGUAAUGUUAUGUGCCUAGCCUGUUGAGUACCCUGAAUGGGGAUUAUGGAUUUUUCCGAGACUAGUAUUCUAUUUGUGAGCCACAUGGUAGUGUGGCUGUUUAGUUUCAGUGCUGCUAUUUUCCUUAGUCUAUGCAGAAUUUCUGUUUCUGUUUGAUGACAAUCAAUCAGUAGUGUCCAAGCAUGAUUUCUUUGAAUGUUGAUCAACAAUAAUGAACUGGUCUGGUGUACCUUAGAAA